AUGAUACCAAAGACCAUGAUCUCCAACGAAGUCUACCUCCUCCCUCUAAACGACGAUGGCUCGCCCCAGGUCGCCGGCGAGUACAUUUACCUCGCCCCCAAGACCAAUGAUCCCGUAACCAUCCGUUUUGCAAUUGAGGGAACCUCCUCCAUCUGUCGCCAUGGCAGUCUGUGGGUCAACAUUCCAGAGCAGGGCGCCGAGUUCCACAGAGACCACUUUCGCGAAUUCAAGCUGGUGCCCGACUUCAAUCGCACAAUCGAAAUCUCUAUCCCCAUUUUUCAGGCCGGCGCAUACGCCUUCUACACGACCUACGCCGAACUGCCAGAUCUCGCUGAGAAGCUGGAUUCAAACCCUCAGACCAAGACCACCAACAAGAAGACCCCGCUUUACUACAUCGAUGUUGCUCCUCGCCUCAGUCUCGAUGGCCGGCCCUUACCAUUGCCAGCUCUGUCCAUCUUCUCCGUCAUUAGCAAAUUCAUGGGCAAGUACCCAGGUGACUGGGAAAAGCAUCUUCGCGGCAUCAGCGACCGUGGUUACAACAUGAUCCACUUCACGCCGCUGCAGGUCCGCGGCGCCUCCAACUCUCCUUACAGCUUGUACGACCAGUUGGGCUGGGACCCCGACUGCUUUCCCGCAGGCGAGAAGGAUGUCCAAGGCCUCAUCGACAGCUUAGAAAAACAGUACUCCAUGCUCAGUUUGACUGACAUUGUCCUCAACCACACAGCGCACAACAGCGAAUGGUUACAGCAUCAUCCUGAGGCUGGAUACAACCUCGUGACGGCGCCUUGGCUGGAGUCAGCUUGGCUCUUGGACACAAAGCUCCUGGAGCUUAGCGACAAACUGCAAGACUUGGGUCUUCCUACGGAGAUCAAGACCGACGAUGAUCUUAUUAAGAUCAUGGAUGCCAUCAAGAAGCAUGUCAUCUCCGAGAUUAGGCUAUGGGAGUACUAUGCUAUUGAUGUCGACCGCGACGUGGAGACUGCUUUGGAGGCUUGGGUGGCCGGUCGCACCACGUUCCCUGACGAGGCAGUCGGUGCCGGUGUGGCUGAGCUUAAGGAUGCGUCUCUGAAGGAGCAAGCCGAGUUCCUUAUCAAGCACGGUCUACUGGGCGCAGACCGCAUGGGUGAGCGCUUCAGGAGGAAGAUUGACCCAAGUGUCGCAUCUGGUCUUCUUUCUGCCACAUUUGGACGAUACGAAGGUGAAAAAGGCAGCUCCCCCAGACAAGCUGCGGCUAAGUCAAAGCUGGUUUCCAUCUUUGACGAGGUAAACCUGCCAUUUUACAAGGAGUACGACGCCGAGAUUGGCGAAAUUUUGCAACAGCUCUUCAAUCGCAUCAAGUACUGCCGUAUGGACGAACACGGCCCGCGCAUGGGUGUCAUCAACAAGGAGAACCCUCUGAUCGAGACAUACUUUACCCGUUUGCCGAAGAAUGAGACCACUGCCAAGAACAAGCCCGAGGAGAAUGUUCUUGUCAACAACGGGUGGGUCUGGGGAGGCAACGCCCUUGUCGACAAUGCUGGUCCUCAGUCUCGUGUAUACCUGCGACGCGAGGUCAUUGUGUGGGGUGACUGUGUGAAGCUGCGCUACGGGAACGGUCCGUCCGACAGUCCCUUCCUAUGGGAGUACAUGACCAAGUAUGCCCGUAUGCUGGCCAAGUAUUUUGCCGGUUUCCGAAUUGAUAACGCUCACUCUACACCUCUGCAUGUGGCUGAGCAUAUUCUCGACGAGGCCCGGCGUAUUCGACCUGACUUGUAUGUCGUUGCAGAACUCUUCACUGGCUCUGAGGAGAUGGACUACGUCUUUGUUAAGAGACUGGGUUUGAGUGCCUUGAUCCGUGAGGCUAUGCAGGCGUGGAGCACUGGUGAACUGAGUCGCUUGGUUCACAAACACGGAGGGCGACCCAUUGGCAGCUUUGAAGUGGAUGAAGUCUCCCGCCCUGAUAACAAAUCACCUCUGAGCCCCAUGAGCCCAUCUCAUGAAGGCAGUGAUAUGCUGAAUGGGAAUUCAUCCUCGAGAGAGAUUAUCCGAAGGGUCAAACCGGUACCGGUACAGGCUCUGUUCAUGGAUUGUACCCACGACAACGAAACACCGGCACAGAAGCGCGACGCUCGAGACACUCUGCCCAACGCUGCCCUCGUCAACAUGUGCGCAAGCGCAACAGGUAGCGUCAUGGGUUAUGAUGAGAUCUACCCCAAGCUUGUCGACCUUGUGAACGAGACUAGAUUGUACACUUCCGAGUCGUCGUCCAAGCCGGUUAAGAUUGGUGGUGGCCGCAACGGCAUCGGUGGCAUCAAGAAGCUCCUCAACCAGAUCCAUACACUUAUGGGCAAGGAUGGCUACGAUGAGACUCACAUCCACCAUGAAGACCAGUACAUUACGGUUCACAGGGUUCACCCUGAGUCAAGAAAAGGAUACUUUCUGAUUGCCCACACUGCCUUUCCAGGAUAUGGCAACGGCAAUGGUGCAUUCAACGCAGUCCACCUUACCGGAACAAGAGCUCGGCACCUUGGAAGCUGGAUGCUGGAGGUUGACGCCAGCGAAGAGGCUAAGAAAGAAGUCUUGGACGACAAGAAGCUUCUUCGUGGCCUCCCCAGCCGCGUCGUCGACGUUCCUGGCGUUCGUCUGGAGGUCAAGGGUGAUGAGACUAUAAUCACCGUCCGUGACAAGUUCCCACCUGGCAGUAUUGCCUUGUUCGAAACCUGGAUUCCUGCCGCUGAGCACUCUGCAGGUCUGGAUACCUACGUUACCUCCGGUGCCAGAGCGGCUGUGGAGGGUCUGAAUCUCGUAGACCUCAACUUCCUGCUCUACAGAUGCGAGGCCGAAGAGCUUGACGGCAGCGGGGGCAAGGACGGUUGUUACGACAUCCCUGGAUAUGGAAAACUUGUCUAUGCUGGCCUUCAGGGCUGGUGGAGUCUUCUCAAGGACAUCAUCAAGGACAAUAACCUUGCACACCCACUCUGCCAAAAUCUCCGUGAUGGCCAAUGGGCUUUGGAUUAUACUGUUGGGCGACUGGAAAGAGCCAGCCAGACCCCCGAGUUUGAGCGUCUUGGCAAGCCUGCAAUCUGGCUGAAAGACCGUUUUGAUGCUAUUCGCAAGAUCCCAAGUUUCUUGCUGCCAAGAUACUUUGGUCUUGUGAUGCGGACUCUGUAUAUGGCUGCUUGGGAGCGCGGCCUUGAGCAAAUGAAUGGAAACGUACGAGAAGGCCAAUGGUUCCUCCAGAGCCUCGCCAUGGUAAGUGUACAGCAGACAGGUCUGGUUAAGUCUGCGUCACUGUGGCCGAAAAAGUUGGUGCCGUCGCUGGCUGCUGGCUUGCCCCACUUUGCAGUUGAGUGGGCAAGAUGCUGGGGACGUGAUGUCUUCAUCUCCCUCCGUGGCCUCUAUCUUGGCACCGGUCGCUUCGAUGAGGCUAAAGAACAUAUCUUUGCCUUUGCUAGUGUUUUGAAGCACGGCAUGAUACCCAAUCUGCUCAGUAGCGGCGCUUUGCCAAGAUACAACUCCCGUGACUCAAUCUGGUUCUUCCUUCAGUGCAUUCAGGAUUACACCAAGUUUGCCCCCAACGGCCUGGAUCUUUUGAAGGAGAAGGUUAAACGACGGUUCCUUCCAUACGACGACACUUGGUUCGAUGUUGAAGACUCUCGCGCCUACUCACAGGAGAGCACAAUCGAGGACGUCAUUCAGGAAGCACUGCAGAGACACGCUUCGGGAAUGUCUUUCCGCGAAGCCAAUGCUGGACCCUCUAUCGACUCUCAGAUGACUGACGAGGGCUUCAACAUUUCCAUCAAUGUUGACUGGAACACAGGCAUUGUUUUCGGAGGCAACCAGCACAACUGCGGUACCUGGAUGGACAAGAUGGGCGAGAGCCCACGCGCGGGCUCCAAGGGCGUCCCUGGGACACCUCGCGACGGUGCUGCCGUUGAGAUCACCGGUCUCCUGUACAGCACUUUGAAGUGGGUGGCGUCACUUAGCUCGGAGGGCAAGUUCCAGCACUCCUCCGUGAAGAAGGCGGACGGUUCAUCCAUUUCAUUCAAGGACUGGGCUGAUCUUAUCCGCGCCAGCUUUGAGCGCUGCUAUUAUGUCCCUAUCUCUCCCGAGGAUGACUCCAAAUACGAUGUCAACACCAAGAUUGUCAAUCGACGUGGCAUUUACAAGGAUCUGUACAAGUCCGGAAAGGAGUACGAAGACUACCAGCUACGCCCCAAUUUCCCCAUUGCCAUGUGUGCCGCUCCCGAGCUGUUUGACCCCACGCACGCCUUGCAUGCUCUUUGUGUUGCCGACUCCGUUCUUCGAGGCCCUACCGGUAUGGCGACGCUCGACCCUGCUGACUUGAAUUACCGACCUUAUUACCGCAACAGCGAAGACAGUGAUGACUUCGCCACCAGCAAGGGACGCAAUUACCACCAGGGCCCGGAAUGGCUUUGGCCGACUGGUUUCUUCCUUCGUGCACUGCUCAAGUUCGACUUGGAGAGAAGGUCCUCUGACGCUGAUCGCAUCGAAGCAUUCCAGCAAGUCACUCGAAGACUCAUUGGAUGCAAGGAAAUGAUUAAAGACAGUGUUUGGGCGGGUUUGACAGAAUUGACGCAGAAGAAUGGAGAGCACUGCCCUGAUUCGAGCCCAACACAGGCUUGGUCGGCGGGCUGCCUGAUAGAUCUGUACAUGGACGCUGCCGAGGAGCAGAGCGACAAGGCUAAGAUUGCCUUGCCAACAAGGUCUAAGUAA